UGAUUCACUAUCGAUGCGUAGACAAGAGCCAUACUGAUUAUUGGCUAUAAAAGUAAUUUCAGAAAAAUAUAUUUAUCAUUUUGGUGUCUCUCUUUAAGAGAACGUAAUGAAAGUCUUGAUUUUGUUAUCGGUUGUAGCUGCGGCGUUUGCUCUUCCAAAAGAGUAUGAUUGUCCAGCAAACUCUCAUUACGAUGAAUGCGGGACAGCCUGCCCUGACACCUGCGACAACUACAAGGACCCUCCUCUGUUUUGCAUUCGUAUGUGCAACCCGGGAUGCCACUGUGACAAGGGAUACGUCAGGGUGAAAGAAGAUGUAGAGGAAUGCCUCAAACCAGAACAAUGCCCCAACAGUGCAAACGAGCUUUUUGUAGACGAAUCCGCCUGUGAUCAACCCAAGGUCAUCGGCCACUGCCUUGCCGCCUUCCGCAGGUACUACUUCAACAAGGAGAGUGGGGAAUGCGAGGAGUUCAUCUAUGGUGGUUGCGGUGCAAACGACAACAACUUCCUUACCAAAGAGGAAUGUGAAGAAACUUGUUUGGCUUGAAAGAGUGAAAGUCUUGCUUUACUGAAGUGUCUAGAAAAUACUACUAUUUAUUUUUUGAUAUCAUGAUGUAAAGCCACAAUAAAAUAUCUUUUUGUGCUUUGC